CAAGGCGCCAAACGACGCGUCUGAAACCUUGGGCACGCGCCGGGAGUUCACCUGAUCGAGUGCAAUACUAUUGAAAGCCUUCGGCGCCGCCUACGAGUCCUGCACUAGACAAAGUCUUCGCAGCUCCACCAAACUUCUCUCCACUACCUAGGUACAACGUCGACAGCCAUGUCGAAAGCAUCAAUCGCUAUCGGUGCUGCUGCCGGUGCAGCAGUAACAGCAGCUGUGUUUUCUCUGCUGAACGACUCCAAGCCCUCACCUCCCAUUACAACGACAACAACGACAACCGUCGCGACGCCCUCCCGAACCGGCCCUCCAGCUCCCUACCCGGCCACUCCUGUAGCCGCCAGAUCACCUCCCCUCGUUGACCCGAAUGGCCUCUUCCAAUACGGCUUCCCGGGACCAGUAGCCGACCUCAAUCCCACCGCCUCACUCACCUCUGCCUUCGACCGCCGCACCCGCAAUCCCUUCUGGGUCGCCGAACAUAUCACACCCUUGUCCCUAUCAACACACAAUGGCGACCGCAAGCACAGUGUGUUCGUGGAAGACGACUCGAUCCCCGAGAUGUUCCGCGCAAAAUUGAAGGACUAUUUCCGGUCUGGCUACGACCGCGGGCAUCAGGUCCCAGCCGCCGAUGCGAAGUGGAGCCAGGAGGCCAUGGAUUCGACCUUCCUGCUCAGCAAUAUGUGCCCGCAGGUCGGCGAUGGCUUCAAUCGUGACUACUGGGCACACUUUGAAGACUUCUGUCGCCGCUUGACCGGCCGCUACCCGAGCGUGCGUAUUGUCACAGGCCCGCUGUACCUGCCGAAGCGCGAGGCAGAUGGCAAGUGGCGCGUCAGCUACGAGGUCAUUGGAAACCCGCCGAACGUGUCUGUGCCGACGCACUUCUAUAAAGUCAUAUUUGCAGAGGACGGGAGCGUGGGCGGUCAAGUGGCCCUAGGCGCGUUCGUGCUGCCGAAUGCGGUGAUUGCGAACGACAAGCCGCUGCAAGACUUUGAGGUUCCUCUGGAGGCAGUAGAGCGAGCAAGCGGGCUCGAAUUUGCGACGAAACUGCCUGCGAUGCGGCGGAAGAAGCUGUGUCAAGAGGUCAGCUGCUCCAUCUUUGUGAAAGAUUACAAGGAGCGCCAGAAGACGUUUGCGGCUAAAAACCAGGGGGCCAGGCAAUAAAAUGCAGGGCAUCUUGGCACUAGGACGAACUGAACAUAACUGGGAGACUGUUCAGAGUUACAAUGUUUGAGAGCGGUUUGCAUUACUUUGGCGUUUCUUAUCGUAUUCAAGUUUCUCGAGCCCCUUUCAGAGGAUAAGCAUAGCGUGGAGUUACAUCACGCUUUGUAGAGUAUGCAUUUACAAUCUAGAAGCUUUACAAUGGACAG